CUCCCACUCCACGGCUCCGCCGUUCCUCACCCGAUUCUUAUACACCAACUCGUCCCCUCCCCUUAUCUCCCUCACCACGCAUCGCCCCCGCUCCGCAUUGCCCCCCGUCGCCGCCAAAAUCUCAGCGCAAUUUCGCGCGGAGUUUAGGCCUUGUGGGAGGGAGUGGAGGUGUGACAGGAGCAGCAGCAAGCCCGCCAUGGACCCGUGCCCGUUCGUGCGGGUGCUGGUCGGCAACCUCGCGCUCAGAAUGCCGGUGGCGCCGCCGGCCGCCGGUGCCGGCGCCGGCGUGCACCCGUCCACGUCGCCGUGCUACUGCAAGAUCCGGCUCGGGAAGAUGCCGGUCCAGAGCGUCCCGGCGCCGCUCGUGGUCUCCGACGGCGGCGAGCAGACGCCGGCGUCGGGGGCCCUCGCCGCCGCGUUCCACCUGUCCAAGGCUGACCUGGAGUGGUUCAACGGGAAGCCGUCUCUCUUCUCGUCGCGCGGGGAGGCCAGCCUGAAGGUGUCGGUCUACGCCGGCCGCAAGGGGAGUACCUGCGGCGUCAGUUCCGGGCGGCUGCUUGGGAAGGCUACGAUCCCGCUCGAUCUCAAGGGCGCAGAGGCCAAGCCCGCCGUGCUGCACAGCGGCUGGAUCUCCAUCGGGAAGCGAGCAGGGAAGGGCAACCCCGCGGCGACGGAGCUCAGCCUCACUGUCCGCGCGGAGCCGGACCCGCGAUUUGUCUUCGAGUUCGACGGGGAGCCGGAGUGUAGCCCGCAGGUGCUGCAGGUGGGCAGCGCCAUGAAGCAGCCCAUGUUCACCUGCAAGUUCGGAUGCCGCAGCAACAGCGACCUGCGCAGGCCCGGGAUGCAGCCGGAGCGUGACGCCGGCGCGUCGGCCAAGGAGCGCAAGGGGUGGUCGGUGACGGUGCACGACCUGAAGGGCUCCCCCGUGGCGAUGGCGUCCAUGGUCACGCCUUUCGUGCCGUCGCCGGGCACGGACCGCGUGAGCCGCUCCAACCCGGGCGCGUGGCUCAUCCUCCGCCCCGCUGGCGACGGCGCCUGGGAGCCCUGGGCGCGCCUCGAGUGCUGGCGCGAGCGCGGCGGCGCCGGCGCGUCCGACAGCCUGGGCUACCACUUCGACCUCCUCGUCCCCGGCGCGGACCACGCCGUCGCACUCGCCGACUCCUCCAUCCCCUCCUCCAAGGGCGGCAAGUUCGCCAUCGACCUGACCGCCGCGCAGCCGCUCAGCCGCGGCGGCACGCCAGGAUGCAGCCCGAGAGGAAGCGGCGACCUGAGCAACUGGCCCCUGGGCAACUACCGCGGCUUCGUCAUGUCCGCCGCGGUCCAGGGCGAGGGCCGGUGCAGCAAACCGACUGUCGAGGUCGGGGUGGCGCACAUCGGGUGCGCCGAGGACGCGGCGGCAUUCGUGGCCCUCGCGGCGGCCGUGGACCUGAGCAUGGACGCGUGCAGGCUCUUCUCCCACCGGCUGAGGAAGGAACUCUCGCACCUGCGGGCUGACCUACUCCGGUGACCCAUCGGCCAUCGGACCGGCGGCAACAACGAAUCGCGAGCAAAUUGUACAGAAAGUAGUUGAGGCAGAUUUGUGCUUUAGAGUGCGCUAGUUUGUUGGAGUAGUUCGAUUCGAGCUGGUGAUCGUCUAGUUGAUCGUGGUCACCUACUUUUUUUUUCGUGAGCGCUGAGUGUGGUGCGGUGUGAUUUUUUGGUUGGUUGCUAAGCUUUAGCCAUGUAGGGUGUCCUCUUUUUUGGAUCGCUCCAUAAUUUAGAGCAAUUUGUGAUCAUGAACU